CACUGCGCGAAUCCUGUCCCUGACAACUGCUCAACUCACUACCGCUGGACACAUUCGCUCGCUCAUCAUUCUCUGGUCAGAGGCUGUGGCUAGAGGUUGCGCCUUCCUGGUUGCAAUUCUCUCCAUGCUGGCCACUCCCUGAUCCGACAAAUCACCCGACUCCGUCAUCUCUCCCGAUUUCAGCCUAUCGAAUCCCUCCUCCCCCCGAUCAUGGCCGCUACCACCAUGUCGUCACUCCCUCCCCAUGAAGGACUCGUCGACAACGUCCUCGACAAGCGCGAUUCCGUUUCUGAGCCUAGCCUUCCUCCUCAAGUCCAUACUCCUCCUACCACCGACGAGGCGAGCCACAAGGACGAUGACGCAGCCUCGAGUUCAUCCCUCUCCGAUCUCGGCGAUGACAUGGAAGAUGAAGAAAACAGAAUGCGAUUUGAAGAAGCGGCGAGGGCAGGCGCUGAAGCAGAACAAUUCUCAGAAGUCAAACCUGAUCGUUACGAAAAUGGUGUCCCUAUCUUUACUCCGACGAUGGAACAGUUCAAGGAUUUUCAGAGAUACGUCAAGGGAGUAGAUCCCUAUGGAAUGCAGUCAGGCAUUGUCUUGAUCGAUCCCCCAGAAGAAUGGAAACGUGCUCGAAAAGCUCUGGACGACAUGAUCAAGACUAUCAAGAUCAAAAACCCCAUCAUGCAGGAGUUCCACGGUGCGCAAGGUAUCUAUACCCAGCGGAACAUCGAGAAGAUGCGAUCAUACAAUCUCCCACAGUGGAAAUCGACCUGUGAGCAGACAGAAAACCAACCGCCAGCCAAACGUGGGGAGAAGCGUAUGAAUGCGGAUAAGCUGCUGGGCCGUGGGAGCACUCGAACUCGGAGGACGGAAUCCUCAGCAACACCGGAAAGUGGCAAAAGAAGAGGACGACCGCCGAAACAUAUAAAGCAAGAGCCCCUCGAACACGAUUCCACCCUACGCGCUCCACCGACACCCACGAGCCCGGACGUCAAGCCCGCAGUCAUGAUGAGCGAAGAGCCCGAAGAAGCACGUGGAGACACGGCAGAGCCAACUCCUACCAAGGGCAAGUCUGUAAAAAAGCCUGGCAGGCCCAGAGGCAGACCACCGAAGAGCACUACAGGCAAGAAAGAAGGAGGUGGCAGCAAAGGCGCUGAAACUACUGUUGCAGCACGAAGAUUAAGAAAUGCACGUGAAGCCAAUGAUGACAUUGACGAAGAGGCUUUUAUAGAUUUUGAUUACCGAGUUUACGACAAUGACCAAUGGACAGCUGAGCGCUGCGAGGAAUUGGAGGACAAGUACUGGAAAAGUCUCAACUUCAGCAAUCCUAUGUAUGCUGCGGAUAUGCCUGGAUCUCUAUUCGACGAGGAUACCAAGGAGUGGAAUGUCGCCAAGUUGCCUAACCUACUAGACCUUUUGGGCCAGCCUAUCCCUGGGGUCAAUACUGCAUAUCUAUAUCUGGGAAUGUGGCGUGCGACCUUUGCGUGGCAUUUGGAAGAUGUCGAUCUUUACAGCAUCAACUAUAUUCAUUUUGGUGCACCGAAACAGUGGUACAGCAUCUCACAAAAGGAUGCUCCGAAAUUUGAAGCGGCCAUGAAAUCACUGUGGAGUUCGGAUGCGAAGAGUUGUGAUCAAUUCUUGCGCCACAAGACAUACCUAGUCUCUCCUUCCAUCCUCAAAUCCAAGUUUGGAGUGACUGUCAACAAGGUUGUCCAUAGAGAGGGACAAUUCGUCAUCACAUUUCCAAUCGGCUAUCAUUCAGGCUAUAAUCUUGGUUACAACUGUGCCGAGUCGGUGAAUUUUGCCAUUGAGAACUGGCUGCAAUAUGGAAAGACCGCGCGCAAGUGCCAGUGCGAGGCAGACAGUGUUUUCAUUGACGUUGACUGGUUCAUGCGCAGACUGAACGGCGAGCCUACCCCCGAGUUUGAGGAGGUAGAAGUGACCGAUGAUGAAGACGAGCUUGACGAUGCCGCUGACCUUCCAACACCACCAGCCAGCGACAGAGGCAAGAUGAAACUGCCGCAAAAGAGGAAGCGUGGACCGAAAGAUCCUGGCCCCAAUAAAAAGGCCAAGAAACUCAUCAGGAUCCGGAAGGUCAGCAAACAUCAACCUUGCUGUUUGUGUCCAAACGACUUUGUCUGGGAAGAGCUCUUACCGACCUCCCAUGGACAGAAAGCUCAUCGAACUUGCGCAAUGUAUACGCCCGAGACAUAUAUUGCCAACAAAGACGGCAAAGAGAUGGUGUACAACGUUGAAAACAUCAGCAAGGCUCGUCUCGAACUCAAGUGCUAUGAAUGUCGACAGAAGAAGGGUUCAUGCUUUCAGUGCUCUUCAGCCAAAUGUACAAAGUCAUAUCACGCGACUUGCGCCAUGCAGGCCGGUGUACAGGUUGACAAAGGCGAGAUUGCAGUAUGGCACGAGGGCGUUGAAUAUCGUGACAUUGGCUUUGAUUGGCGAUGCCGACUUCAUCGUACUGUCAAACGAACGAGGAUCACUAGCGAGCUCUCUGCUUGCAACCAUGCCAACAGCUGCCGGCAAAAUGCGGAUUUCCGCGAAUUCUUGGCCAAGCUCAAGGACGGAGAAUUGAUCCAGUUCCAAGCCACCAAUUCUGACGACAUUGAGGCUGGCCUUGUGAUUGCUGGGUACGACUCAGGUCAAGAUUCGGUUUUGGUCAAAGUCCUACCAGACCUGAAAACCGUCAAAGAAGUCGACCCCUCAGCCAUUCUAUUUGUUGAUAGCGCGACUUCUUGUUUGCAGAGACCGUCAGCCAACGCUCUGGAUCUUCCGGAAACUCUUCAAGGCAAGACUGCAUCGUUUCCAGAAUCUACUGAGAAGAAACCUAGUGCUGGUGAUGUCUUUACCGAAGAACCUAGAACUGAAUGGGCAGAGUUUGUCUCUGCAGAGCCUCCCGUCAAUACGGAUCAGAAGCCUGUCGACAUCUCUAAAGAGAAGCAAUUGUGGCUAUACCUCGGAGACAUUUCUUCUGAUGCAAAACCUCAUUACACGGCAGAUCCUGACAAACGUGUGCAUGAUCCUGCAUCCAAUUUCCUCGACCUCGUCACGCCUCGCAAGUCGGCCAUGGCACCACCGCCUCAACCGAAACGUCAGUCUCUCAGUGCGUCCCAUCCCAUGCUCAAUGUGGCUGCGCGGAAUGCAGCCAUGGCAAACAUGCGUCAAACCACUCCGCAGGCAGCGUCGCCAGUAAUUCCGGGUACUUUUAGCGGCACAACGCAGAAUUUAACGAUGAAUCGUGGCCAGGAGACGGCCAGCAAUGCACCAAAGACUGGACAGACCAAACAAUCUCAAUACCGGGACAUGAUGACUGGCCAAGAAGCUCGCUUGAACGAACAAGCGCGCAUACUUCAACGACAGCAAGCCAAGUCAUUACAGCUGGACGUCGCCGAGAAAACAAACACGAUGAGCCACGCUAAUAUUGGUAUUGACCAGGAGGCUGUGCAAAGACAGAGGCAAUUUCAGCAGCAGGCAUCUCAACAUGCCAAACACAUGAAGGAGUGGUCUAACGAUCCUUCAUUGCCUCCCCUGAAGCAAUAUGAGCAGUUUCCCACUUUCACCAGCAUGGGACAUUCAGGAAACUAUGGGAGCCCGUCCAUGAUGAACGCUGGUUUUCGACCGCAACAGUUCCAGUACAGCAAUGACUGGAUGACUACCGGUUCAUCGAGCGGAAGGACAAAUUAUCAUGGUUCUCAGGGCAUGGGCAUGAGUUCUAUGCUGUCAUCGCAGUCCAACCCGUAUCAGUCAUCAUCGUCCUCCAUAACGCCAUUCCCAGCAUAUGUGCAACAGUCUCACCUAGAAUUCCCAUACUCCACCCAGGCUACAAGCAACAAUACGACUACUGGGUCGUAUCAGUCAACGAGUAUAGAAAACAUUCGAGCUGCUGCAAGUCAACCACCUCCACCUCCUCCGUCGGCUGAAGUGGAACGACGACGGCGAAUUUCCAAUCCAGCUUAUCCCUUCAAGAGUCCAGAUCAGAUCAAGGCGCAGAAGGAAGCGGAGAAGAGGUCGCCUCCAGGCAGCCGGCCUACAAGCUCAUAUAUGCUCCCUAGUCCCCGAGUUCAGCACGACACAUACAUGCAUUCAGCAUCGCCUACAGGUUCCAUGCAACCUCUCGACCCUCAUAAUCCGCCUCAAUUUGUCAAUCCAAAUGCCACACAGAUCAGUCCUCCUGGUUCAAGUGCGGGCCAUCGAUCCGCUAGGGGCAGCUUUUCAGGGUUUGGCACUCAACCAAUCCUUGGUCCUUCGCUACCCGCUGGUGUCAGGAGAUCCUUUUCGAUGGACAUGACAUUGCCGGACAUGGCUCCCUUCCCUGCCGCCUCGUUGCCGUUUAGUGGAUACAUUCCCAAAAGGUCCAUCUACGACCCUCUAAGCCAGGUGAAUGCUUUCCAACAGGCCAAGCCUCAACUCUCCGAACCACCAAUGGCUCCAAUGUCUAGCAAAUUGAUCGAGACGCUGGAGAAACGAGCCAUUGGUGCCAAUGGAUUGCAACUGAAUGAUCGAGCAAUCCCCAAGCAAUUGACAGAUUGGCGUGAACGAGGUGGCUUCUGGGGUCGCGUAGCCAAGUAUUAUAUUUCGAAACACCAAGCGACCGCCACUCUAUACAGGUCACCUUUUAUGGCGAUGAGUCAACAAGCCGAUACUGCGACGCUUUCGGACAGAUACUAUCAGAGCUUGGAGGGGGAUCAGCGAUCCAAAAUUGACGCCUUUCGACGGAGCAAGGAGAGUCAGGAAUAGCUCAGGCAAUAAAUGAUGGAGUUUUUGCCCUCGUAGUGAUGGGUCUGAGUUUGGCAAUGCAAACAGGAUUAGGAGUAUUGUGGUAAGAGCAUCGUUUGAUUGGGCCUAUCUUUUACAUGACUGUGGAUGAGUGAUAUGACGGGGAAACGAUAAGGUGGAAUUGGCAUCACUGCCAGCAGACGUCUUGAUGAACAGCUUCGUCAAGACUUUAUGUGUGCGUUGUUUAGUUGAGAUGACUCUGAUGAAUGAGAAGAUAGGCAGUUACAUUCUUUUACUGCCAACACUCGUCCGGUAUAUGCAGAUAAAUAUACUCUGAGACCAGAAAAGCAAAUGAGAAUUUUUUUUGGUUCAAGAG